AUGUCAGACCAAAACAAAACAAAGAGAAUGGCCACUAAAGGUGCUCUUACACGUUUAACAACAUAUUUUAGAAGUAUAGAAAAUAAUGAAAUUAUCGACCUCGUAGAUUUAGAAAUGCGAUUAUCCAAAGCCGAAGAGCUUUUAGAUGUUUUUAAUGAGGUUCAGCUGCUUAUUGAAACUGAUGAUCCUGACUGCGAGGAAAAUUAUGACACAAUACAUGCCAUUGAAAGGCAGACUUUUGAGGACAGAUAUUUUAAAAUAAUAUCUGACAUCAAAAACCUUAUUUUAUCUAGACGACCUACUGACACGUCUGAUUCACGUAGUGUCAAUGGUUCAAUAGCAGCUGGGCCUACAAAUACAAGUAACAUUAAGUUACCUCCAUUGAAUCUAGCUACAUUUGAUGGAUCGUUUGAUCAAUUCCUCUUCUUUCGCGACAGUUUUAAUUCUAUUAUUAAUGAUGAUACUUCACUUUCCAAUGUACAAAAGUUUCAUUACUUACGUCUGUCAUUACGUGGCAUAGCUGCCGACACUAUUAAAUCUUUGCAAGUCUGCGAUGCAAACUACGACAUUGCUUGGAGUUUAUUGAUCGAAAGAUUUGAAAAUAAACAGUUACUUGUAAACAAUCACAUUAAAGCUCUCUUUAACCUACCACUAGUCACAAAAGAAUCAAAUCAAGGUCUCAGACAACUUCUAGACAAUACACAAAAACAUUUACGUGCUUUAGAAGUUUUAAAACGCCCCACUAAACACUGGGAUGAUUUGAUUAUUUAUUUGUUAACAACAAAAUUUGAUAACUCAACAAGACGCUCUUGGGAGUCACAAAAUUGUAAAGACAACCUACCAGUUUUAGAUGAUUUACUGAAAUUUUUAAAAGAACGAUGUCGUAUCUUAGAGUCAUUAGAUAACUACAAUGAUAAUAAACAGGAUCAAAAUUCACCACGAUACAAAGGUAAUAAGUCUGAAACAAGAGCCUUUGUUUCUAACACAGAGAAUAGGUUUAAAUGCAACUUUUGUAACAAGGAACAUAAAAUAUAUUAUUGUCCUGACUUCUUAAAACUAAAUCCUACUAAUAGGUUAAACAAUGCAAAACGUCUACGUUUAUGCCUUAAUUGUCUUGGCACAUGCCAUCGUACUAAGGAUUGUCGUUCUACUGGUUGUAGAAAAUGUGGAAAGAUCCAUCACACUCUGUUACACUUCGAGAAUUCACAAUCCUCAAAUUCAGUUUCCACAGAAAACAAUUGUUCUCAAUCUUCAUUACCUUCCAAUGUUCCAAACACUGGGCUGCAGUCAAAUGAAUCUACUUCUACCUCUAACUUCUCUUCAACACAUCAUAUAAGCUCAAGUGUUCACACUGCUAUUAAACCGUAUAUUCUACUCUCAACUGCUGUUGUUAACGCUUUUGACAAGUUCGGCAACUCACAUAAAUGCAGAGUACUCUUGGACAACGGAAGUCAAUCCAACUUUAUAUCUGAGAAAUUUUGUGAUAUUUUACAACUUUCAAAGGAAAAAAUCAACACUUCGAUCUCGGGAAUUAAUCAAUUAACUCACAAUAUUAACUUCCGGACAUCACUAACAUUUAAAUCAGAUAUUAACAAUUUCUCGAAAAAAAUAUCUUGUCUAAUUUUGCCCAACAUAACAAGUAAUUUACCUUACAUACAGAUCAAUCGUUCCCAGCUCAAUAUUCCAACAAAAUUACUUCUAGCUGACCAGAAUUUUGAAAAACCUGGUCCAGUAGACCUUCUUAUUGGAGCUGACACAUUUUGGGAUAUUUUAAGCGUGGGACAAAUCAAACUUGGUCCUGGGUUACCGAUCAUUCAAAAAACCACUCUUGGUUGGAUAAUUUCUGGCCCAAUUCCAACAAAUAUUCAACACCACCCCCAACAUAAUUGUUACUUUUCUUCUACCAGUGAAUUAGAUUCACAGCUCACAAAGAGACAAAAAGAACGGCAAAAAAUCAUUAGUUCAGGAGACAAAACGAAAGCUGAAAGAGCAGCUAAACCGAGGAAAACUGCCACCGCUACCAAACAUGCUGCUACCGGUGAAAAGGCAAAAUCUGUAAAGAAAGUGACUAAGGCUAGAAAAGCCGCAUCAAAGACAGAGAAAAAGCCAGCCAAGGCGAAGAAAGUUGAAAAGAAGUCAGCACCUAAAACUGCGUCCUCAUCCGCAGUUUCAACUUCCACAGAAGCUAAAGUAAAAACACCAACCAAGGCGAAGAAGUCAAAUAAAGGAAGUCCUACGAAAAAACCAAAAGCACCCAAAAUUAAAACUGCCAAGGCUGCUGCAAGUUCGCCAAGAGCUAGAAAGGCUGCUCCUAAGAAGAAGAAGAAGAAUUCUUCUACUGAAGACGCUAAUCAUGUCUUCAGCAUUCUUGAAGAACUGUCCAAGGACGAAAGAAGAGACCUACAAGACAUACAGUUAGAAGAAAAACAAACAAGUGAAGAAAUCACAAAGGAAGAAAAACACGAAAAUAGAAAAGCCCUGGGUCAGAUCAACUGUCUAUUGACAAGGUUUUAUGGAUGCCCUGAUAAAACAAAUUAA